UAAAGUCAGUAAGCGACAGAAGUCAAUAUUCGAUAUAAAGUCAGUAAGCGACAGAAGUAGCACUGCUAAUGUUGUUGCUAGGCAACGACCAGGUACACCGAAGGCGUCGUGACCCUUCUUAUCUGUUAUCUCCAGCUCGACAAAAAUACUGAAUGGGAAAUAAAUGUUUUUCCCCCCAAAUAGGCUUUUCUAUUCUUCUUAUUUAAAUCGUAUAACUGGCUUAAAUGUAGCGAAAAUGUGACGUCAAACGCAAGUAGUAAACCAAGAUGGCGGCCGCUCAGAAGCAUUUUGCUCACUCGUCGGGGAAAAGCUGAAAAUAUUUUCCUCACUUUACCCAAACGUGACCAUAUAAAGAUGCAGACACGCACUAUAUUGACGUCAUCAGACACAACUAUUGUGGAUUUGACCAAAUGAACUCCACAUCCAUUCAUUGCUCUGUGUUUUUGAGUUAACUUGCAUUGUUUGCUUCAAGCGUUUUUUUUUUCUAAGUUGUCAACAUGAUCCUGUCUCGUGUCAAGCCCGCUGUUGGGGGUGAGACGUCAACUAGUGUCAGUGAGAAGAAGAAGAAAAACAAAAUCAAAAUUCCCAGUUUGGAAGAAUAUCUGCAGCAGAGAGACUACCUUGGAGCAAUAACUCUCUUGGAGUUUCAGAGAAGUAUUGGAGAGCGAGAGGAGAGUGCAGACCUCUGGAUUGGCUUCUGUGCCUUUCACUUGGGGGAUUACAAGAGAGCUAUGGAGGAGUACAAAGCGCUGACUGCAAAGCCUGACUGUCUUCCUGAUGUGUGGGUCUAUCUGGGUUGUGCCAUGUUUUUUCUGGGCCUUUAUAAAGAGGCUGAGGAGGCUACGUUAAAAGCUCCAAAGUCACCGCUCCGAAACCGACUCCUCUUCCAUUUGGCUCAGAAGUUCAGCGAUGAAAAGAAGCUUAUGGACAUCCAUCAGGACCUGCAGGAUGUGACUGAGGACCAGCUGAGUUUGGCCUCUAUCCACUACAUGCGCGCUCACUACCUGGAAGCCAUCGAGAUUUACAAACGUCUCCUCUCGGAGAACAGAGACUUCAUAGCAAUGAAGGUUUACGUGGCUCUGUGUUAUUACAAGCUGGGCUACUUCGACGUGUCGCAAGAAGUGUUGGCAGCGUACCUUCAGAACAUCCCUGACUCCACCAUCGCCCUCAACCUCAAAGCCUGCAACCACUUCUCCCUGUACAAUAGCAAAGCAGCCGAGGCUGAGCUGAAGAACCUUAUCGACAUCUCUUCCUGUUCGUUUGAGUUUGCUAAGGAACUUAUUAGACACAACCUGGUGGUGUUUGGCGGUGGUGAGGGAGCGCUCCAGGUGCUGCCCCCUUUGAUUGAUGUCAUCCCAGAGGCAAGGCUCAACCUUGUCAUCUAUUACCUGAGACAAGAUGAUGUCCAGGAAGCUUACAACCUAAUCCAAGAUUUAGACCCUUCAAAGCCGUCGGAGUAUGUUUUAAAAGGGGUGGUCAAUGCUGCAUGUGGGCAACAGCUUGGAAUGAGGGAUCACUUAAAAGCCGCCCAGGGAUACUUUCAGUUGGUUGGCAACUCAGCCAGCGAGUGCGACACUGUUCCUGGUAGACAGUGCAUGGCUUCCUGUUACUUCCUUUUGAGACAGUUUAAGGAUGUGCUCGUAUAUCUCAACUCAGUCAAGAGUUACUUCUAUGUCGACGAUACGUUUAAUUUCAACUAUGCUCAGGCCAAGGUGGCCACUAAUGAAUUUAAAGAAGCAGAAGAAAUUUUUCUUCUGAUUCAGAGUGAGAAGCUCAAGAGUGAUUAUGUUUACCUCAGCUGCCUGGCACGCUGCUACAUCAUGAACCAGAAGGGUCGUCUUGCCUGGGAGCUUUACUUGAAGAUGGGCACUUCCUCUGACUCUUUCAGUCUGCUUCAGCUCAUAGCCAAUGACUGCUACAGGAUGGGCCAAUUCUACUAUGCUGCUAAAGCGUUUGACGCACUGGAGAAGUUGGACCCAGGCUCCCACUACUGGGAGGGCAAGAGAGGGGCGUGUGUUGGGAUUUUUCAGCUCAUUUUAGCCAACAAGGAAUCCAAGGAGACACUAAAGGAGGUGGUGCUCCUGCUGCGCAAUUCCGGAAACCCGCAGGUGGAAUACAUCAUCCGAGCCAUGAAGAAGUGGGCCAAAGACAACAGAGUCUUCCUUUCUUGACUGACUCCCACUUUAUGUGUGAUUUCAUUGCACACAUCAGCUGUCCAAAUGAGUAAAGACAACAUAUCUGAUGUGCUGUUUAGUUUUGGACCAAAUAGACUGUACUGCCUUUAUUUUGACCAAAUAUAUAUGCAUUUCAGUUAUGAACACUAAAUUGGUUGGAUUAUUUUUCAUCUCUGAGUGACACUCAUUACCUGUACAAAGAUAAAUAACUAAUGGUAAAUGGGCUUUUCUACCAAAAUAGCCCUGUCUAUUUAACGCGCUUCGACACUGUCCUAUCAUUCACGUACUUAUGACGCAGCUUCAGUAGCAACCCGGGUGCAAUAUCUUGCUCAAGGAAACUUUGACAUGGUUAACGAAAAUAUUUUCAUCUCCCAAAAAAUGUGUUUAACCCUACUAUGCCUUACCCCAGAAAUAAUGAACAUUAAGUCACAAUUUUUAUUUGAUUUAGUUUUUAUUUGAAAGCUUUAUGGGGUCCUUAAACAACAUAUUUUUAAAAUAAUAUGCAUGUACAGUGGUAUGAAAAAGAAUCUCAAGCUUUUGGAAUUACUCACAUUUCUGCAUAAAAUCCCGAUCAAAUGUGAUCUGAUCUUUGUCAAAAUCACACGGUCGAAAAAAACUGUCUUCUUUAACUAAAACCAAACAUUUAUCGGUUUUCAUAUUUUAAUGAGGAUAGUAUGCAAACAAUGACAGAAGGGGGGAAAAUAAAUACCGUAAGUGAACCCGCAGCCUAAGGAGACUUAAAGUGCAAUUGUGAAAUUAUUUUUUUACCAAACAUUUUAAGUCAGGUGUGUGCCCAAUCACUGAUGAGUGGUUUAAAGCUGCCCUGCCCACUAAAAAACACACAUUGUCUUGAUGAGAAGCAUUGUCUGAUGUGCAUCAUGGCUCGGUCAAAAGAGCUGUCUGAAGAUCUGCGAUCAAGGAUUGUUGAUUUGUAUAAAGCUGGGAAAGGAUACAAAACUAUCUCUAGAAGUCUGGAUGUUCAUCAAUCGACAGUCAGAGAAGUUACAAAUGGAGAGCGUUAGGAACUGUUGCUUCUCUCCCAAGGAGUGGCCAUCCAGCAAAGAUGAUGCCAAGAGUUGAGCGCAGAAUACUCAGAGAGGUAAAAAAGAACCCUAGAGUGUCUGCUAAAGACUUAUAGAAAUCACUGGAACAGUUUAAUAUCUGUGCACACAUCAACUUUAUGUUAAUCUAUGGCCAAAAAUGGUGUUUGUGGGAGGACUCCACGGAGGAAACCACUGCUGUCUUAAAAAAGAAAAACAUUUAAUGUUCGCAAAAAGGCACUUGGACACUCCACAGAUGUUUUGGCAAAAUAUUUUGUGGACUGAUGAAACCAAAAUUUAAUUGUUUGGGAGUAACACACAACUUGAUGUGUGGAGGAAAAAUGGAAAGCUCAGCAUCAACACCUCAUCCCCACCGUGAAGCUUGGUGGAGGUAGCAUCAUGAUUUGGGGCUGUUUUGCUACCUCAGGGCCUGGACAACUUGCAAUCAUUAAUGGAAGAAUUAAUUCAAAAGUUUAUCAGGAUGUUUUGCAGGAAAACCUGAGGCCGUCUGUCAGACAGUUGAAGCUAAAAAGAGGAUGGAUGCUGCAACAAGACAAUGGUCCAAAACAUGGAGGUAAAUCAACUUUAGAAUAGUUUCAGAAGAACAAAAUACAUGUUCUGGAGUGGCCAAGUCAAAGUCCAGACUUGAAAUGUGAGAAAUUCCAAAAGGUUCACAUACUUUUUCAUACCACUGUAUGUUCUGUAAUUUGAAUUAUAAAUGAUACAUUAGGCAUUACAUGCAGUUCACAUGAAAGUAAAGUGAGAUUGGACUUUAUAAGGUUUUAAACAAAGGCCGCCCGUCUCAUCAGACCAUAGGACAUGGUUCCAGUAAUCCAUGUGCUUUGUUGACAUGUCUUCAGCAAACUGUUCACGGGCUUUCUUGUGUACCGUCUUAAGUAGAGGCAAGUUGAUGUAGAGUGUGGCGUAUGGUCUGAGCACUAACAGGCUAACCCCCCACCUCUUCAAUCUCUGCAGCAGUGCUGACAGCACUCCUGUAACGAGUCACAUGACAUUUUGGAGGGAAAAUGACAAGCAGUACUCAAUUUGGACAUUUAGGGAUGUACGUAUUUACUAAGGGGUGUACUCACUUUUGUUGCCAGGGGUUUAGAUAUUAAUGGCUAUUGUGUUAUUUUGAGGGGAAAAUAAAUUAA